CAGUGAGGCCCGGGAGCCCUUCGCGCAGGGACCCGCCGGCCGACUUGGCGAUGCACGCCCUCACCGGCUUCUCUCUGGUCAGCCUGCUCAGCUUCGGCUACCUGUCCUGGGACUGGGCCAAGCCGAGCCUCGUGGCUGACGGGCCCGGGGAGGCGGGCGAACAGCCCUCGGCCGCUCCACCGCAGCCUCCCCAUAUCAUCUUCAUUCUCACCGACGACCAGGGUUAUCACGACGUGGGUUACCAUGGCUCAGAUAUUGAGACCCCUACACUGGACCGGCUGGCAGCCGAGGGCGUCAAGUUGGAGAAUUAUUACAUCCAGCCUAUCUGCACACCUUCUCGGAGUCAGCUUCUCACUGGCAGGUACCAGAUCCACACAGGACUCCAGCACUCCAUCAUCCGCCCCCGCCAGCCCAACUGCCUACCCCUGGACCAGGUGACACUGCCACAGAAGCUGCAGGAGGCAGGUUACUCUACUCACAUGGUGGGCAAAUGGCACCUGGGCUUUUACCGAAAGGAGUGCCUGCCCACCCGGCGGGGCUUUGACACCUUCCUGGGCUCGCUCACAGGCAACGUGGACUACUAUACCUACGACAACUGUGAUGGCCCCGGGGUGUGUGGCUUCGACCUGCACGAGGGUGAAAGCGUGGCCUGGGGACUCAGUGGCCAGUACUCCACCAUGCUCUAUGCCCAGCGCGUCAGCCACAUCCUGGCCAGCCACAACCCCCGGCGGCCCCUCUUCCUCUACGUGGCCUUCCAGGCAGUGCACACGCCGCUGCAGUCCCCUCGSGAGUACCUGUACCGCUACCGCAGCAUGGGCAACGAGGCUCGGCGGAAGUAUGCAGCCAUGGUGACCUGCAUGGAUGAGGCUGUGCGCAACAUCACCUGGGCCCUCAAGCGCUAUGGCUUCUACAACAACAGUGUCAUCAUCUUCUCCAGCGAUAAUGGUGGCCAGACUUUCUCGGGUGGCAGCAACUGGCCACUUCGAGGACGCAAGGGCACUUAUUGGGAAGGUGGUGUGCGAGGCUUGGGCUUUGUUCACAGCCCCCUGCUCAAGCGAAAACGCCGGACCAGCCGGGCACUGGUACAUAUCACCGACUGGUACCCAACUCUAGUGGGUCUGGCUGGUGGCACUGCAUCGGCAGCUGAUGGGCUAGAUGGCUAUGAUGUGUGGCCGGCCAUCAGUGAGGGCCGGGCUUCGCCACGCACAGAGAUCCUGCACAACAUUGACCCGCUCUACAACCACGCCCGCCACGGCUCCCUGGAGGAUGGGUUUGGCAUUUGGAACACCGCUGUGCAGGCUGCCAUCCGUGUGGGUGAGUGGAAGCUGCUGACGGGAGACCCCGGCAAUGGUGACUGGAUCCCUCCACAGACGCUGGCUGCCUUCCCAGAUAGCUGGUGGAACCUGGAGCGCAUGGCCAGCGUCCGCCAGGCUGUGUGGCUCUUCAACAUCAGCGCCGACCCUUAUGAACGAGAGGACCUAGCUGGCCAGCGGCCUGAUGUGGUUCGCACCCUGCUAGCUCGCCUGGCCGACUAUAACCGCACCGCCAUUCCUGUGCGCUACCCGGCUGAGAAUCCCCGGGCUCAUCCUGACUUUAAUGGGGGUGCUUGGGGGCCCUGGGCCAGUGAUGAGGAAGAAGAGGAAGAAGAGGAGAAGGAARGCAGGUCUCGAAGCUUCUCCCGGGGUCGCCGCAAGAAAAAGUGCAAGAUUUGCAAGCUUCGAUCUUUCUUCCGUAAACUCAACACCAGACUGAUGUCCCACCGGAUUUGACGGGUGGGGGUGGCAGGGAUCUUCAAUGCCCUGAAUAGACUUACCCCCUUCAGUCUGGCCCUACUCAUUCUCAGGGAGAAGCCUGAGGUCAAGCCUAUAUGUGAAGGGUAGGA